AUGGAACCAAAAGCUAUGGCUUCAGAGUCGUUUGGAAGGUUUAAUAUUUCUCCGUCUCAAGUUGCAUCCAUAAUCGAUCAUUAUCUCUCCGCCAAUAAUUUCUCCCUCACGCGUGCCACCUUCCGAAUGGAGGCUUCCUCCCUCUUUGCCAAUUCGCCAGUCAACCAGAUUUCAACACCAAACGAGGGUACUCCUCCUUGCAAGGAAAUAGAAGAGGACUGGCCACCCGUGAAAUUCUUAGAUUCAGAUAUCGAUGACAUUGAUUUUUCAAACCUAAGAACAUAUUUGUCUGAUCAUGAAGUUGCAGCUCAUUCCAAAGAUAAUGCUUGA